AGCUGCUCUGUAUUAGAAGACUUCCUGGUUUGCGAAGCGUUUUCUUUAAUAAAUGAACAUAAAUGCUGAUUUUUUUCCGCUUGUCAAACAGCAUUUUAGUAUAGAAAAUACGCUACAACUGCAGCCAUGAACACGGAGAAGGACUUUUCCCCGCUGACGCCCAACAUUGUCCGGGCUCUUAAUGACAAACUGUACGAGAAGAGGAAAGUGGCUGCUUUGGAAAUUGAGAAGCUGGUGCGGGAGUUUGUCGCUCAGAACAACUCAACUCAAAUCAGGCAUGUCAUUCAGAUUCUUGCAUCGGAGUUUGCGCUUUCUCAGCAUCCCCACAGUCGGAAAGGGGGUCUCAUUGGACUGGCAGCAUGCUCAAUCGCACUCGGUAAAGACUCAGGUCUGUAUCUGAAGGAGCUUAUCGAGCCUGUACUCACAUGUUUCAAUGACUCAGACAGCCGUUUGCGCUACUAUGCCUGUGAGGCCCUUUAUAACAUUGUCAAAGUGGCCAGGGGAGCUGUGCUACCCCACUUCAACUUGCUGUUCGAUGGUCUCAGCAAGCUUGCGGCAGACCCUGACCCCAAUGUGAAGAGCGGAUCUGAACUUCUGGACAGACUGCUGAAGGACAUUGUGACAGAAAGUAACAAGUUUGACCUGGUGGCAUUUGUUCCCCUGCUAAGAGAGAGAAUCUACUCAAAUAAUCAAUAUGCUCGUCAGUUCAUAAUUUCCUGGAUCCAUGUUCUGGAGUCUGUGCCAGACAUCAACUUGCUGGAAUACCUCCCAGAAAUCCUAGAUGGGCUCUUCCAGAUCCUGGGAGACAACAGCAAGGAGAUCCGUAAGAUGUGUGAGGUGGUGCUGGGAGAGUUUUUGAAAGAGAUUAAGAAGACACCUUCCAGUGUGAAAUUUGCUGAGAUGGCCAACAUUCUUGUCAUCCACUGCCAGGUAGCAGAUGAAACCAAACUCACAAAUGACCUGAUCCAGCUGACAGCUAUGACCUGGAUGAGAGAGUUUAUCCAGCUUGCAGGUAGAGCAGUGCUCCCCUACUCCUCUGGCAUCCUCACUGCUGUGCUACCCUGCCUUUCCUAUGAUGACCGAAAGAAGAACACUAAAGAAGCAGCCAGCGCCUGUAAUCACAGUCUUAUGAAACUUGUGACUCCUGAGGAUGAUGAGGAUGAAGAUGAAGAGAAAAGUGGAAAUACAGGGUCACCAUCUAAGGAGGAAGGACAGCCUAAGGUGGAUUCAGACAGCAAUGAUAUGCUGAAUGCAUCUCAAGAAUCUGUGGGUCUCAGUAAUAUCAGCUUCUUUACCCCAGCCAGUGCUGACAGGCCUCAGGUGACUCUGGACCUGGAUGGUAUUGUCCAGGUUCUGGAUAGGCACUUGCAUGACUCCUCCACUGGCAUGAUGACUCGCAUAGCUGUGCUAAAGUGGCUCUACCACCUCUACAUCAAGACACCACGCAAAAUGUUCCGCCACACAGACAGCUUAUUCCCCAUGCUGCUCAAAACACUGUCUGAUGAGUCAGAUGAAGUGAUACUCAAAGACCUGGAGGUGCUAGCCGAGAUAGCAUCAUCUCCUGCUGGCCAAACUGAUCAAGUUGGCUCCUGUGACAGCACUGAUAACAAACUGGAGCUCAAGGUCCCAGAAAGUGCCAAGCCAGGGCAGCAACCCAGUGCAGGCUCCAAACCAGCUGACUCAUCCCCCUCCACCCCCAGUAUGAACUCCUAUUUUUACAAGUUCAUGAUCAACCUGCUGAAACGUUUCAGUCUGGAGAGAAAGCUUCUAGAGAACAGAGGAGCAUUCAUCAUCAGGCAGCUCUGCCUGUUGCUUCAUGCAGAGAACAUCUUCCACUCCAUGGCUGACAUCCUGCUGAAGGAGGAGGACCUCAAAUUUGCUUCAACAAUGGUUCAAACACUCAACACCAUUCUGCUCACCUCUGCAGAGCUUUUCCAGUUACGCAACCAGCUGAAAGACCUGCACACUCAGGAGAGCUGCGUUCUUUUUUGUUGCCUGUAUCGCUCUUGGUGUCACAACCCCGUGGCUACUGUGUCGCUCUGUUUCCUUACCCAGAACUACAAACAUGCCUAUGACCUCAUCCAAAAGUUUGGAGCUCUGGAGGUGACUGUAGACUUCCUUAUAGAGGUUGACAAGCUGGUCCAGCUCAUCGAAAGCCCCAUUUUUACCUACCUGCGCCUGCAGCUUCUGGAUGUGGAGAACAACCCUUACCUGAUAAAGGCUCUGUACGGCCUGCUGAUGCUGCUUCCUCAGAGCCAGGCCUUCCAGCUGCUUUCUCAUCGUUUGCGCUGUGUCCCAAACCCAGAGCUCAUGAGGACUGUUGAUGAGUCCAAGUACAUGGACUCUAAACAUCAAGUGGUCUCAAAACGUGCCUCUCACAUUCAGAUAGAUUACAGUGAGCUGCUCCAGCAUUUUGACCUUGUUCAGAGCAAACACCUAGAGGUGAGGCACCAACGGUCUGGACGUGCCUCUGAUCAUCCAGACAGGAAGCUGAUGUGAAAGUUUUUUGCAGUGAAAGAAAAAAACAUAUGGAGAACAAAAAUGAAGGAGUACUGGAAGAUUGAAAUGACACCAAAAAGUAUUAAUUUAGAACCUCUUAGAAAAGCACUGGGUAUAUAUUGUCUAAAAUGAUGUUUGUGUAUUCUUUAGCUGACAUUUUAAACAAAACUGGUUUCAUGUAAUCAAGACUGUACACAGAAUGGCUUUAGAUACUAGUUACUGUGAAUAUUUCUGUGACGAAUGUAUUUAAAAUAUCAUACACCAUAAAUCAUGAUGAUAAAAUGGCUAUAUCCCCAGUUUGUAGAGAUAAUUUCCAGCUAAAUGAAAUGUUCACAGUGUUUCAUGGGAGUCUGACAUGCAUGUCACUGUUAAUAACACACUUGUGUCAUUUGAUGUCCAUGUGAAACACUCUGUUUUCAUGGUGUAUUCUGUUGAGUAAUAUGAGAAGAGCAUGCGUUCUGGAUUGCCUUAAUCUCUUGUCAGCUUGAAAAGAAAGUUCACGUGUCAAGUAUUAACCCAGGUCAACAGAGAUUUUAAACUUUGGAUGACUGAACUCUGGCAUACAUUCUGAGAAGGCCUUUGUGUUUCCAUGUCUUUUUGAUAGUAGAGCUAAUCAGUUUAGAAAACUUUAACAUUACCAGCUUUAAAUUCCUUUUUGUUUUUAUUAAUAUGUUAUUUGCAUUAAUAAAUCUUUGUCAUACAUAUUGUUUGUUUUUAAAUCAUACAUAUUUGUAAUUACUGUGUUCAAAUCAAUAAAGUG